CACUGCAUUCUGGGUAAACCGUGUCUCAAAAAUUUGAAGAGCGCAUGCGUUCGCUACUUCUUUCCUUUUGCCUCGUUGCGUCCGAGAGAGCAAGAUGGGUCACCAGCAGCUGUACUGGAGCCAUCCGAGGAAAUUUGGCCAGGGUUCUCGUUCUUGCCGCGUCUGCUCAAACCGGCACGGUCUGAUCCGGAAAUACGGUCUCAAUAUGUGCCGCCAGUGUUUCCGUCAGUACGCGAAGGAUAUAGGCUUCAUUAAGUUGGAUUAAGUGAACUUCCUUGAAUUGGUCAUCCAAGAUUACGUUAACUGCAGAUAACCAGGAUACCUACUUCAAUGUCAACUCAUUGUACAUAAAAUAAAAAAUACUCCAAUUAUGAGUGCUUUAAUGUGAA